ACAUCACAACACGACAGAUAAAGAAAUUUUUGUAUGAAGGAAGGAGAGAAAGAAAGAGAUAGAGGAAGAGAGAGAGAGAGAGAGAGAGAUGGGUGGGGGGGGGAAGGAGAGAAAGAGAAAGAGGUAACGGAACGCGUGGAAAAAUAAGUAUACCAUAACGUGACUCGUGUUUUCGCCCCCCCCCAAGUAUCCCAAGGUGAGACUGUAGCGCCUUCUCUGUUCACCCCUUGCAUUGUCACUGCCUCGAUCCAGUCACAGCAGCAGAAGCAGUAGUAGUAGUAGUAGUAGUAGUAGUAGUAGUAGCAGCAGUCACCAUACUAACGCCAAGUACCCCCAGAUGUGGCGGCAGGGAGUGGCAGCGUCAGUAGCAGCAGUGGUAGCGGUGGCAGGCGUCGUGGCGGUGCGGGGGGCUCUGGGCGACACUCCACCUAAAAACACUGAGGUCGUGCCGGCGCCCCACGACGCACGCGAGUCCAGGGGCACUUCGAACGACCACCACGACCACCACUACCCCCCACGACCCCGAGGCAGCGUCCUGGACAGCCUGAUAGAAUUGCACCUGGAGGAGAACGAGGACAAGGACAAAGACGAGGCCACACGACCCCCAAGGGCACCCUCAGAUCCUUCAGGCAUGGAAGUGGAUAUCCUGAAGGAGGUCAGACCAGCCAUACAUACUAUCCUCAGAAACUUACAAGAAGGGGACGAAGCUCUGGAGACUCCUGAAGGGACUCCUGAGCCUACACGUGACCCUCACAGCCCUGAGCCUUCCCUAGCAGGUGCCCACAGACCUUCCAUGGUGGGUUUUCUGGAUGGUCUCGGCAUGAACUCCUGGGGACACUUCAGGGACGUGACCAAAGGGUACCUCAACCUUCUGCAGCAGGAGUACGAGACUCAGGGCCUGAAGACACGACUCCCGCUAAACCUUCUUCGCUCUCUCCUUCAGGCGGGUGACCAAGUACAUCUGCUCAAGUCCUUCGGGGAGAAACUCAACCCUGACCUUCUAGGAUUCCUGCAGGAGGGUAUAGGACCGCUACUUGGCCCCGUGGCGGAGGCUGGAAGGGCCACGGGCGUCACUGCUGCAGUAGGUGAUGCCGUGACACGAGUGGCGAGGACGGCACUUCAACAUUUCAUCGACCACGUCCUUUGGGUCACGCGGAAGGAUGUCACACGGAAGGACCUGCAGGAUUUCCGGGAUGAGCUGCAGCUAAGGAUCCCUCUGGCCGCCGAAGGACUUGAUAUCCUACUAAGCGGGAAUUUAACUGCCGAAGGACCUCGAUCAUACGGAGGAUACACGCUGGGUGGGGGUUCCUACGGGGAGUAUGGGAGUCCUGAAAGAUAUGGGAGCCAAGGGGGACACAGUGGCUACGGCGGCGGCUCCUACGGGUACAGUGGAGAAGGGUACGGCAUGUAUCUUGAUCCGUACUUAGUGUUAGCAAGCAUUGGCGCCGCGGCCCUGCUGGCUUACAUCGGAUUCAAGGUUAUUGUUGCAAAAACCAUGAAGAGACGACGACGAAGUGACGACCAGCUAGACGAUUCGGAUCUCCCAAGAGGCCUCGUGGACACCUCAGGGUACGACUUCAAAGGGUCGUUAGGCUUCGCGGAGGAGCUGGACGACCUGGCGGAGGCUCUGAAUGGUUUGUGGUUGGAACGACAGCGCCACGACGACCCCAGGUGUGUGUCGUGCUGGGUGACGCGCUUCGCUGCUCACCACGACUCGGCACGACCUCCCCUCGUCCCCCUCGUGGUGUCACUUCUGGCACACCUGCUGGGGGCGCCGAGGUCAGGUCAACUCAUGGACCAGGCCACGCUACAGGUGCUGGAGGGACGGCAUGUCACCUGCCCACAUCCACCCAACACCUGUGACCUGCACUGACCUGGCAUGACCUGACGUGACCUUUGAAAGUGACCGGACAUUCUUGAUUUGUGGAUAUUCCGGAUUUUCUUAAUAUGUGGGCAUGUUUUUUAUACUGGUGGUGGAUUAAAAUAUGUGGAUAAACAGAGUUGCUUAAUGGUGGAUCAGGUAAUGAGUUCUCUAAUGGUGGAUAAGCUAUGGGUAAUUUGAUAGGGUGGUUUCUGUGGCGGAUGAAACUUGGGUAGGUUGGUGGAUAAGGCAGUUAAGUGGAUAAGAUAAGGGUGUUUCCUAUGAUGAAUAAAAUAUGGGCUGUUUGUUAUGGGGGUUUGUAUGGUGGAUUAAAUGGUGGAUAAGUGGAUGAAAAUGGAUAGGGUAUGUAUGGUGGAUGGCAAAAUGGAUAUCGUGUAUAAUAACUGAUAAGGUGGAUUCUAUGGUGGAUUUGACGUGGAUGGGAUGUUUUCUACGAUGGAUAAGUGGAUAGGAAGUGAAUGGGAGUGUUUACUGAGGUGGAUAAGACUUAGGGGUCUCUUUGAUGGUGGAUGAAAUAUGGUGCUUUAAAAUAGUGGACAGUAACCUUAUUUGGUGUGUUGUAUGGGUGGAUAAUAAGUGGAUAAGUGGUUUGUGUGUGUGGAUGAGCGAUUUCUAUAAGGUGGAUGAAAGGUAAUGUGUUUUUUUUAUUGGUGGAUGAAAAUUGUAUGGGUUACGUGGCUUGCUCUGUAUUGGUGGAUAAACAAUGCUUGGAUUAUGUGGGUGUUUUGUUUGGGUGGAUAAGAUAUGGGAUGUUUUUUUUUCUUUCUUUCUUUUUUUUU